AUGGCUGCGGCACCAUUUCCUCUCCGAGAACUAUCGAAAAGAGAUUAUGAAACAGUAUUGACGCUAUUUAACUUACAAGAUCUAAUCACUUUCUCAAUGAUAUCAAAAAAGUGCCGAAUGUUGCCGACGGUAGUCAGACGCAGACAGGGAUAUCUAGAAGUUAGCAUUUCACGCGACGGGACAAUCCUACAUUUGUCAGAAAGGGGUAAUCCCAAAAUCAGAUGGGCUUUCAAUGACAGAAUAAGAGAAAAUCCUCGGUCAUUCAUUUGGGAGAUCGACGAUCAUCGAAUGGAAAUACACUUGAACGAGACUGAAGUCUCCAUUAAACCAAUCAGUGCUCACUUCUCUUGCGUCUCAUCAGCGAUUAAGUAUCUGAAGGAAUUGUUGCGCUGGUCGGUGAAAUCUGUCAAUAUUGACCCCGCCAAUUUACCCAACACGAUGAAUUUGGCAGACCUCAAAAUUGAGAAAUGUAAAAUACUGUACAUCUUCGGAACGAGGAUAAUUUCUGAUCAAGAAUUAACUGCAAUCCUAGAGAAUGUCCAAAAGAAGAACUUUCUGAAAAUCAAUAUAAUGAUCUAUAAUGACUUUCUUUUCAUUCCAAGUCUCUUAAAUUGUAGAAGGUUGUUAUGUGAGAAGCCGACGCAGUGGCUGACUCUCGAUAAUUUAUUUCAACUGGAUUGCACCAAGUUUAUAUUCAAACAAAGUAGAUUUAAAGCGCAAAGCUGUAUUGAUUUCAUGGAGGACUGGAUGGAUGGAAAUGGUGAAGGAAUCGAUUAUUUGUUAGUAAAAUUCGCCACACUUGAAACAAAAGACCCUGUAAUCCCACCAUACUUGGAAGAUAUCGAUGUGGUGGAGCAUAGAAGUUCAGGUUAUAUACUUAAUCAGUAUACAUAUCUUGACUGCGAAGACGGAUAUGACAUCAAACAUGACAGUGGCAAAGUGGCAACAUGGCAAGUGGCUCCUGAUUACUUCUACUUUGUCGUCUGGCACAAUCUUCAACACAAUAUUCUUCAGCGUACUCCUUUUGAAUUUUAA